AUGACCUCGACGGCCCCCGCACCAAAGUCGAAACCAUUCUCGCUCUCCCUCGGGGGCUCAAAGCUCCCUCCCUCCUCCGCCGCCACCUCCUCCUCCGCCGCCACCUCCUCCUCCGCCGCCGCCGCCGCUGCAGGGACGAAACGUCGACUCGCGGCCACGUUCGGCAGCGACAGCGACUCCGACUCCGACCAUGGCCACAAUGGCAAGCACGGGCGCAGCAGCAAAGUCCAGCUCGUCAGCGGCUUUGGCGGCGCACCCGAGCAGGAGAAAGAGAAGGCGGCCCCGAUGGUCAUACCGAAGCUGGCGAAUAGGGACUGGAAGAAGGAGGCGGAGAUGAGGCGCGGUGGGCGCAGUGGGAAGAGAAGGGGGGGGGGGAAGGAGUUGUAUGUGCCCGAGGAGGCGCUGCAUCGUGCUGCUGUGGCGAGGGGGGAGGCGAAUGGGGAGGGGGAGGGCGAGGGGAAGGGGGGGGAGAGGGUGGAGGCGAAGGAGGUCGAGAAUACGGGCAAGGGGGAGACGUAUGGGCUUAAGACUUUUGAGAGGAAGGUUGUUGAGGAGGGGGUGGAGGGAGUGGAGGGUGGUGAGGCGGAGGAGGAGAAGAAGGAGAUCACGGAAGACGAGCGCGCGAUCGCGGCACUGAUGGGCGCGACACCGUCCGGCAGCGACAUGGUGAUUGCGCACACCUCGGACACGUCUACAUGGCGGGACGCCGGCAACGGCGGGGGCGGGGGUGGCAACGAAGACGACGCGUACCGGGCGGACGUAGACUCGCGACCAGACGUGCCGUCGCUGGCGGACUACGCGGCGGUGCCGGUCGAGGAGUUUGGAGCUGCGCUGCUGCGCGGGAUGGGGUGGAAGGGCGGCGAGCAGCUGGGCGGGAAUCGGGGGAAGGACAGGGACAAGAGUGGCAAGCUGCGCCUGCUGGAGAAGCGCCCGGCGUUCCUCGGCAUCGGCGCGAAACCUAUGACCGAGAUUCCCGAGCUCGGCGCCUGGGGGAAGGGCGAUAAGAAGAAGGGAGGCAGGAGGCCCGAUACUACGUAUAUCCCCGUCGUCAAGGUCGAUAAGAGGACUGGCAAGGCUGUUGCGGCGUUGGGGGAGGGUGAGGAGAAGGAGAAGGCGGUCGCCGGGAAGCGCGACGAGGAGAGGAGGAUUACGGAUGGCAGCUCGAGGGGUGCUAAGGACGAUGGCAGGGACGCGAGGAGGAGGGAGGAGGACCCGAGGGAUUCACGGAGACGCGGCGAUGAUGAGGGGAGACGGAGACGCAGAGAUAGGUCUUCGGAUCGCUCCGGGAGAGGUGGCGACCGCGACCGGCAUAGGGAUAGCGGAAGGGAUAGUGGCCGCGACCGGGACCGGGACCGGGACAGUGGCCGAGACCGAGAACGCGACCGGGACCGCGACCGGGACCGCGACCGUGACCGUGAUCGCAGACGGGGUGGUGAUAGCGAUCGCAGACGGCGCAGUAAGGAGCGGGAAUCUGGCUCCAGCAGGCGCGAUAGACGAUAG